AUGGCAGCUGGUUACAUCAGUGACUACAUCAGCCCCGUCGUGUACGAUGGUGAGAGUGACGGCGGGCUCAAGGUGCCCUCCCCUGAGCCCCCCUACGACGGGGUCCACAGUGAAUACGGGGCCCCUGACUCCGAGUCCCCUGACAGUCCAAGCUCAGAAAUCACUGACAGCUACAUCAACGGGGACGCUGCGGUGAGCGACGGUUACUCAGUCGACGCCUUCUUCAUCAGCGAUGGCCGCUCGAGGAGGAAAGCCAUCAGCAGCCCCCGGACCAUCCAGAGGCACAGCUGCAACGAGUGCGGCAAAACCUACGCCACGUCUUCCAACCUAAGCCGGCACAAACAGACACACCGCUCGCUGGACAGCAAGAUGGCGAAGAAAUGUCCGACCUGCGCGAAGGUGUACGUGUCCAUGCCCGCCAUGGCCAUGCACCUGCUCACUCACGACCUCAAGCACAAGUGUGACGUGUGUGGGAAAGCCUUCAGUCGGCCGUGGCUUUUACAGGGCCACAUGCGCUCUCACACGGGCGAGAAGCCGUUCGGAUGCGCCCACUGCGGGAAGGCCUUCGCCGACCGCUCCAACCUGCGCGCUCACAUGCAGACCCACUCGGCCUUCAAGCACUUCAAGUGUAAACGCUGCGACAAGACCUUCGCGCUCAAGAGUUAUCUGAACAAGCACUACGAGUCCGCUUGCUUCAAAGGCCCCUACUCUCCUCUCGGCCCCCUCGAUGCAUGACCCCCUGCAUAGAUAAAACACAAACUGCAGACAUAGAUUACCAUUAUCCUUACAGACUGAACUGCAGACACAAACAAUCUAUUUUUGGUCAGAAUAUGACCUUGCUUCCCUCCUCCUCCUCCUCUCUAACGGAGCCUAUUCAUGAUGAUAGCACAAUUUUUCUCCUUGAGAUUUGUCCACUUAAGGAUUUAACUGAUCGACGCAUGCACUUCCUCAAAAACUCUUCACCUCCUCUUCCUCUGUCCGUUCUGGAUGGAGACAAUAAUACUAACACGGCUUCCUUCUGGCAUCUAGAUACAUAGACUUUGGGACACUGAUGAGGACGACAGACAAUAAUAAGCCUAUAUCUCCAUGGUUACCUGCACUGAGACGCAGUGAAAGAGGUUUUCUCCUUCCCAUUUUGUUUUUUGGGGAAUAAUAGUAAUAAUAAUAGUAAUAAUAAUGAUAAUAAUAAUGUUCUGCUGCACCAAGUGACCAUAUUCUCUCCACUACUGAGGUAAAAACUAUUUAUUUAUUUACUUAUUUAUUUGAACAUGAUUUUGUAUUUGUUAUAUCUUUAUACUUGAUUGAAUCACAUUGAAGUGAUAGCGUUAACUUAUUUGUUGCACUUUAAUUUCUGUAUAUGUAUGUAGGAUAUUUGCCAACCUCUUUUAUCACUACAGGCCAAAGCAUAUGUCACUUUUUUAAGUACUAUUUUUUCUUAUUAUGUUGUUUACCUUUUUUUUCUUUUCGUACUAAUGUUAUUGCAUGCAAAAAAAUUAUGAAAUCUAUGCCAACGUCAUAAAAAGCUUAUGAUUUUUUUGCCAAAUUCCUAUAAAUAGAGCGUGAGGGCAAUAUGUUUUCUCUUGGAGCCUCAGUAGGACUCUUUAAAAGCAAUAAUCACCUAAUGCAUGGUAUUUUAUGAUGAAGUUAUGAAGUAUUACCUACUACUGUAUAGCAGUUUAAAAAUCAGGUAUGUCUUACUUCACCUAUAGUCAUAAACAGAAGAAAAAAACUAAUAUUACAGACAUCAGGGAACAUGCCAAUGUAGUGUUAGAGUAACAAAAAGAAAAGUCCUGUCUUUCCUCUCUUGUUAUGCACUGCCUGCCUCUUAGUGAGUAGAACUAACGUAGGAUGUAGGCUAGAGAGGCUGGGGUCAGCUGCCUGCUGGGUGUGGGCCUAUUGUGGGAUAACUAAAACCCUGUCAGAACUAUGCUAAGCUAACUCUAACCCUGUCAGACCUGUGCUAGGCUAACUGUAACCAGUCAGAACUGUGCUAGGCUAACGCUAACCUGUCAGACCUGUGCUAGGCUAACUCUAACCUGUCAGACCUGUGCUACGUUAAAGCUAACCCUGUCAGACCUGUGCUAGGCUAACUCUAACCUGUCAGACCUGUGCUAGGCUAACGCUAACCCUGUUAGAACUUUGCUAGGCUAACUCUAAACCGUCAGACCUAUGCUAAACUAACUCUAGCAUCACAUAAGGCUGCUAACAGUAUCUUGGAUUAAGCUUGACAAGUUUAGUCGGACUGGAUCAUUGGACAUUCAACAGAUUAUUAAAAGGUACGCAGAUGUUAAAACGGCAUAAAACAAAUGUUCUGUGUCAUGCAGCCAAAUAAUAAUGGGCUUUAAUAGAUCUUUUAAUAUCACAAUGGUUACCAAAAUGAUAGCAGGUAUAGUGCUCGUACUGUAGCAACUCAGUAUUCCUUCAAUUGAAAUCCGAGUUUGGCGCAUUGUUGAAGUUGGACCGAGGUCAACUUGAAAUGCAAUGCAUUAUUCAACUAGCCUUCCAGUGCACUUCCAAACCAUAAAGCGUGCAUUCUUCAACCGCAGAGAAAGCAUGCACUUUAGCUGGAAGGUUCAACCGUUACAGUCCGACAGAUACAUUUGGCAACGAUUAUUCUGCAGUAGGCCCCAUUUAGCCCUACUGGGCCGACCAUGGGCUAACUCUAUGAGCGAUUUACCUACAGACAGGCUAACUCUAAUCCACCCCAACCCAUAGAUGGUUUAACCUUUUAUUUAGGCGGCCAAUACCAGUGUUGCUGAACCCAGUUCUCUGCAGCUCAAAAACAUUUUCUACAGAUCCCUGGAGCUUCCUGAGAGACAGACUAAGGACAAAGGUCUGCACAAAACAUCAAGUGCUUGUUUUAAAUGCCAUAUUUAUCAUUGUAACUUUGCAUGCCCACACAUGAGAGCACACAGUGCCUGCUUUGGAGCUUUGAUGAGAAACACACGGGGAGAAUUUGUGUCUACAGUCAAUCUUCCAACAAUUGAAAAGAAAAUGGGUUUAAUAUUUAAAUGUGAAUCUCUGACAGAGGAAGUUUUGAUGAUUACAGUGCUUCCUCAGGCAUAAGAUUACUCAAUUAGAGAUGGAGUUGAUUGAUAUCCAACACCAUUUAGGGUUUUAGGGACAAAAGGAGAGUCUGCACUGAUACAUGGACCCAUUACCUAAUUUAAUUAACAUCCCAGAGAUAAAGUUAUUGGACCUGUGUGACAUCAAAGGUGGACAGAUCUGCUCUGAAGUGAGAAGUAAACAUUUUGCAUUGAAAGGCUUGUGUUGCUGGAGACAAUAGGAUCUUUAAGUCUUUCACAAAGAAGUAUUUGAUUGUAAGAAGUCAAUGAGAAAGAGGCGGUUUCUGUUGUGAUAGAAACAGUGAGAGUGUGAGUCAGCAAACUACAGGUCUCUUAUCUCUCUGCCUGAUUUCAGCUGCAAUCACUUGAAUUGUAUCAGACAUUUAGUCAUAGAGCUUUAACUUCUUAGGGCGGGCAUUUGUCUCGUUAUCAGUGAUUUUUCAGACUUGUCCAAAUUCUCAUAAUAAAUAACACAAGUUCAUUUGUAUAUUAAAAAGCCUGAGUACGGCACAGUAUAUGCAAAGAAAACAGCAUUACCUUUAUUUCUCUGAAAACAUCUUAGAGAUAUAACGAAUAAUAUGGUUUUUAUUUUAACUGCUGACUUUAAAAUAGUUUUUUUAUUGAAUCUCGAUGCGAGCAAGAAAAGCGAUAGGACAGUUCCUGUUGUCGUUACAGAUCAAAGUGUUUAGGGUACGACGUUGUUACAGAAACCACUGAUGGGCUCUCUGGCAGCGAUGUCUCCCGCUGCUGUUUAUGUACCAUUAAUCGUAUCUUUGUGUAUGAAAAAACUCUUUGAAACUUUGCACUGCAGUCUAAAUGUCUUAAGGGUAUUUGUUGAGAUGUUGUUGGGCGGCUGUUUGUGCCGGUUUUGAAGCAGGAAAGCUGCGUGUGCGUCUGUCUCUGGGCGAGCUCCAGGUCUGUCCUCUAUAAGCACUUCCAUUCUACUCAUCUCCACCUUAAAGAAAGUAGCACAAUGAAACUAACUAGAAUUCAGGUAGAGAAGAAUUAAAAACCUUGUACUAGCUUGACCUCUCUUAUUUUUUUGUAUUUCCAAGUUAAAGAAUGAUGAUAACCUAAAUAAUCAUUUAUUGCAAAUGGGUUUGUAAAGAAUCCUUUGGAUUGAGACAUUUGUACUGCUGUAUAGCGAUAUCUAACACACCUUAUCUCGGGGGGUUUGGCUCUCUGUUGCAGAGAGGAGACCUCCUGGGUUUUUUUUGAGCCAGAAUUCAGACAAUGUAAGCACAAUGAACACAAAGCAUUUUGUGGCACUUCAUAAUAAAGAAUAAUCUUAAUCAACCAGA